AUGCAUCCACUAAAGAACCUAGACACUGAUAUUUUUUCUGGGGACUUCCACACUCUUGCCUGCCACACAGGCAAGGCACCUUUGGCCAGUCCUGUGGAAAACCGGAUGUAUCGGAGUGUGGAAAACCUACACUGGGCAGCAGUUGCUGACUGUGGGCUGUAUUCUCACUGCCGGAGCCUGGAUAACGAGAUCAUCUUUCGCUAUAGAGGCACCAGUCAGUGGACAGAAGGAUGUGUGGAUGUGGCCCCAGUACAGAGCACAUCAGACUUUCUGAGGAACCUUUCUCUCCGUGCUAAACAGACAUCUCGAUCUGCACAAAAUGUGCUCUUUCCUCCCUUUGCCAAAGUGCCUCAGUGGCUCUUCCCUUCCACAGAUGAAAGAGCCCUACACAGGGAUGCCAGGAAAGAGCUGAAGGAGAAGCUGAGGCUGCACAGCAGUAAGGUGGCAGAGCCCUGCAAGCCAGUGCUCCCACAGGUGGCCCUGCCUGAACUGAUGGCCCAGGACUGUGCUGUGAAGUGCUGCACGGUUCUGGUGGAACACACUGCUCUCAGACACAACCUUACAGCAGGGCAGGGACUGUGUUUUGCACACAGGAUCAUCAGUCCAGAAGACAUCAAGCAGGAGGCUCAGAGGAGGCUUCAGCUCCGAAGGCAGAAUAGCUCUCCCAGUUUGCCCCUUCAGCAUGCUGGGGAAAGCUGUGAGAUGAGCAAAUCCAGAACAGCAGAGACCGUAGAACUGUACAGUGGGGAAACAGAUGGCAAAGUCACAUUGGGACAGAGCAAGAAAGGCUGCUGCAAAGGGAGACUCUACAUACCCACCUUUGAGGAGUUCAAGCAAAUGAAAAGUAAGGAGAGAAAUUCAUCUGACAGCAGCAGUGGGCCGGCAGAUUGCUUGAAAAAGGGUCUGCCUGCAAACAAGACACUGGAGAAAGAAAACAGUAAGAAUGUCUGUCCCGAAGCUUUAGAGACCAAAGCUGUGGAUGAACCUGCUAUCACAGGAGAGGAGGAUGAUGAUGUAUUUCAUGAAAACCGCAUCUCUGCUGGCUUUUCCCAAAACCCAGCCACAUGGGAUGGUUUCAAGAUGAGCAGUCCUGAAGUGAAGGACAGAACCUUCCAGGCCUCCAUCCCAGAUGCAUCACCAGUCCCUAUUUGCUCCAGUCCUAUUCCACGAUCACCUCUACAGGCAGGAGCAAUACAUUGUGCUGGACAGGAGAUCUUCAGUGAUGAGCAGCAGAAAGGAGAGACAAGGCAAUUAAAUGAUGUCCUCCACCUUACAGGGCAGUCGCUGGCUUCUGAAGCCCAGUCCUCUUGCUGUUCAUCGCUGCUGUUAGAAGCCACAGACUUAUCCAGCUAUGGAGCUAAGCUACAAAAAAUGAAGGAUGAAUUCAUAGGUUCAGCCUUGGAACUUAUUAAGAAAAGCUGCAAUGCUGAGAGUGCUGCCAAAUCCCCCUCCAAGGGGCGGUGUGAUCUGAAGGAAGCUGAUCUCCCACCUCUGGAGGACAGCCAGCAGCCCACAGCGAUGUCUAUGGCAACAGAGACCUGGGAGGACAAGCCAAGCAAUGAGACUUCCAGUGACCUUCCACCUGCAGGGAACACCCCCAGUCCUGCCUGUCGCCGAUCCAGCUCCGACAUUGUCCAUGAGAGCACGGAUGGUGCCAAGGCCCAGAGGGAGUGCCGGCUGCGGCCGCACUUCAGUGACCCGAUGCCAACAGACUCGGUGAAGAGGAAGCAGCUGGAGCUGAAGAUCGCGGCUGCAGCGCGGCAGCACGCACAGAAGCGCCGGCAGGAGCGAGACUAUGGUCCAGUGGUAGCAAAAGCCAACCUUGGCCAUGGUGGCAGUUUUGAUGAGACCCGACGCACACCAAAGGGCUCCCUCCGCUCCAGACAUCAUUGGAGCAAUGUCAGCAGUCUGAGCACGGACAGCGGGAUUGUUGGUGUGAAUGAUGCCCGGGAUGACCUGGAUCCCAUUGAGGCCACCCGGACCAAAUCAGUGGAUGUGGAGAGGGCAGAUAGUGGCAUUGGCCAGAUGCCAGCUAGGAAGUGGAGGAACAGGGCAUCUGAAACGCUGAGCUCCCUGCAGGCCUGGGAAGCCCAUCGUCCUUGCACUGACUGUGGAGAAAGGGACCUCCCCGUGGAGACAGAUGUUCAGAACUGCAACCAGAGGCGGGCUGAUCUCUGCGAGAAGUGUCGGAAGCGCAGGACAGAGCGCAAAGAGUCUGUUCUGGAAUUUGUCAACACAGAGGCCAGCUAUGGAGAGGACCUGCGCAUCAUCAAAGAGGAGUUCUACCUCCCCAUGCAGGCAGCUGGACUGCUGAGCCAGGAGCAGCUCCAGGGCAUCUUCAGCAACAUCCAGGAGCUCAUUGACCUCAAUGAGAAUUUCCUGGAGAUACUUCAAGAAGAGAUUGAUCAGGCAUUUGAUCAGGGGGAUGAUGACCUGAUGACCGUGUGCAUUGGAGAAAUAUUCCUGGAAUUCGUAAACAUGCUGCCAGCUUUUCAGACAUACUGUCUUCAGCAGUCCUCCUCUGUGAAUAUGCUCAAUGCUCUGGAGAAGGAGAAGGAGUUGCUCAGAAUAUUCCUUGAUGUCUCCCAGAAUGACAACACAGCACUGCGGCGGAUGAACUUGAGGUCCUUCCUGAUGGCCCCUUUGCAAAGGGUCACCAAGUACCCCCUGCUGCUCAGCAGAAUCAUCAAGGCCACCACCGAGUACCACCCAGACCACGGCAGCCUGCGGGAGGCCAAGAGCCGCAUCGAGUCCCACCUGGAGCACAUCAACAUGAAAACCAAGCAGGAGGGGAACACAUGGACCCUCCGAUCCUUUCGCCAGGACAGCAAGAAGAAGAGAGAAGUCAUCAACAUCGAGAUGAGAGAAACUGCCCUCAAAACUGUCGGUUGGCUGCGGGAGGAAACGCGGUUUGUGAUGGAGGGGUCUCUGCAGCUGGCCCAGCCCCCUGAUGGUCAGUGGGUGAAGAAAGGCAGCAAAACCCUGAAGUUCCAGAAUAUGCAGGUCCUCCUCCUGGUGAACAUGAAGCGUGUGUCCGAGUCCAGCCUGGAAUCAGCUGAGCCAGGCCCUGUGAAAGAUGCAGUGCUGGUACUCAUCAGGGACAAAAAUAAUGGGAAGUUCCAUUUGCUCAGGGAGCCCUUGAGGCUGAGUAAUUGCAUCGUCUCCACUGAUCCUGACUGCGACGACACCUUUGAACUGAUUGAGAUCAGGCGGGAGGCGUUUGUGUUCCGGGACAGCGACCGGGCACGGACUCACCAUUGGUUCAGACAGAUCAGGCGCUACUCCAGGGAGCUGGGCUCCUGGAAGAAGCGGCGGAACGCGCUGCCCAACAUCAUGAUCAGCACUCCUCACACCAGGCCCUGA